AUGAAUGGUGAUUCCACAGCUGGGCAGUAUGUUCCAGAAAAAUGGCUAGCUAACAAGAAACAGAUCUGUGUAGGUACAAAUUAUUGUGAUGCCAGUCAGAGUGGCGAUGGGUUCCAAAGAAUUCAUGAUCGGGAUCGGCAAUCGAGAAUGUUUUUACUGACUGAUAAAGAGCCGACUAAUUCAGAUGGCUGCUAUUCUCAAGAAGUUUCUUUGAUGUCGGGUGGGGGAGGGGGGGAGCAAGUUGCUGAUGAUAUAUCUUGCGUAUUGGAUGGUCAUGACUUACAGUUUGAGCGAACCGUUGAACAAUCAACAAUCUACAAUGAUACACAUCAACUUGAUGUUGUUUGUUCCACGAAUCCUUACACGCUCAGUCCAGAAGGUAUGGAUACUUGUCAAUAUCAUGUUGAUUCAAGUUUUCGGUUCGGUCAUGUAAUUGUUAAUAGAGGUGGUAAAGGCCAACUUGCAAGAUACCCAUCAUCCGUGUUUAAUAUAAGUAGGUUGGUCGAGGUUGAUGAUAACCGAAGUCAGUUUCAUACGUCCAUGGUGAACAUAGAAGAAAAGUUUGAUGGUUUGAAUAAAGACAUGGAGGCUUUUAUGAGGAAAUUUGAUAGUAUGGUGCAAUACGUGUCCCAAGUUCCAAUGGUGGAGAUAGCAAUUGAAUCUUUAUGUUUUGAUGAUUCCAUAGAUGUUAAUGGAUUUCAAGAGUUUGUUGACCUACAAAGCGGAUAUGUCAAGUCUACAAGCAGUGAGGAGAUAGACGAGGAAAUUGGUUGCAGAAUCGUUGAAACAAGUGAAACGAAGCUGUCACCAAUUGAAGAUGGUUUGAAAGAUGUGGAUAUGAUUUUCAAUGAUCAUGGUCACGUUCGGCAUUCUGGCCCUUCCGAUCAGGUUUCAGGUUCCUCACCAUUGGAGCACGAAGAACAAUAUCGCUUGAAUUCAGCCGGGGUUGAUUUCGCUACUACGUGUAAGAUGAAGUUAUCAUCAAUUGAAGGUAGCUUAAGGAAUGUGUUUCAAGAUCAAAAGAACGAGUCUUUUGAUGAUAACCGUGUUCGGCAGUCUGAGUUUAUAACCGACAUAGGUUCAGAUGUUCCAAAUCUCAGUCACCAAGAACAAGGCCGAUUGAUAAUGCUUGAUAGUGAUGAUACUAAAGACAAUUCACCGAAAGCUAAUGAAAUGUCAAAGGGGACUAUUUCCAAUGGUCGGCCGUAUGGGGAGCCGCCACAUCAGCUUCUAUUUCCUUAUAGUUUAGUCGGAAAAAUAGAAGCAUACUAA